UUGGCGUCUCAUUCGCGUCGGUGCAACGCAGCGUGGCGGUUGUCAGCGCGCGCGCCGCCAUCUUUAACGUUCCAAAAUCAAAUUAAAACAAAAACAAACGUUAUAUCAUCGUUACUGUACUAACGUGUUAAAUAUAAUGUUUAAUUGUGUGUGAUUACCGUGAUGUUGGAAAAGAUUUGUUUUAUGUGAAAGACAAGUGUUUGUGACCUUUCGUGUUCCAAAGGAGUAUGUAAGAUGAAUUCGAAAAAGUUAGAAUAUUUCCAAGAUGAUGAGAUCGACGAGAAGCUCAAUCUCAGCUUCUUAGAUCUGGCUGCAUUACGACAACUGCUCGAAAACGAAACCGGUGGCACAUCCUGUCCCAGUUGUAACAUGCCCUUUGACAAGGGUAAAAAGAGAAAGCUUAUCGACACGUGCGGGCAUGAGCGCUGCUACUCGUGCAUGUUCAGGAACGAAGCGUGCCCCAUCUGCGCCCGCAACAAUCAAAACCGGCGGCCCGGCAUGGAGCGCUGCACGCCCUCGCCGCAACGGCCACGCGAUCACGACUCUCCAUCCCCACUACGCUUACCUAGACCCCCAAAACAACCUUCCAGUCUCACACAGACCUGUCCCACACCGCCCCACACCAGGCGGAGAUUCUUCCUCAGUCCCAAAUCCCUUAGAAGCCCCUUCGGCCAACGCACCUCGCGACAUUCGCACGAGAACCACGUCCCACUAUCUGACGAUGAAGGCGGUCACAUCAAGCAAGGCUUCGAAUCGCGACGGCAGAAUGACCUGUAUAUGCGUCUCGGUCUACUCCUCGGGGAGAGAAGGGGACGGAAUAAGUCUCGGGAUAGCUGCACCUCGCUCGCUUCCCUCGACGCUCAUACCCUGGCCUCUCAUAACACCAGCCCGGUGUCAACGCUGACUGGUUCAUCAGAGGUCGAGGCUGCUACGCCACUAGGCCGCGACUCGCUGGGUUCUCUCGCCUCCAUGUCGCUCUCCGCGGCCAGCAACUGCUCGUCUUCCAGCCCUGGCAGUAGACGGCAUUCUGUUAAUGCAUUACAAAGUCGUUCGGAAGAACUGACCCGUAUGUCAAGUGGUUUCUUCAAGAACAGGAAAACCGCCGCCAGAAGGUCAGCUAGAGUUGGCAGCAGUAAAUCCUCUACAUCAUCAGAUAUUAAAAAAGUACACCCGGCACCACAACUGAACUUGCGGCCUCUUUUCUUCGAGGUGCCCUCUGCAGACAGCCAGGACUGCUACUCCGGUAGACAGUGGCUCCUCAAGGAUAUGGAAAAGGCGUUGGAGUCUUCAUCAUCAGGCAUCCUAAUCUCCGGCAGCCCUGGUACUGGUAAGACGGCCCUCAUCCUGCAGCUGGUUCAGCAUUCCUGCUUUGGCAGGAACCGGAACUUCGAGUACGAAGAGCUUCGAGAACAGUCAGAUUUAGGAGAUAUCCUGCCCGAGGACCUCGUGGAAGGAAUGUUCACACACCUCUCCUCGCAAGUCGUUGCUUAUCACUUCUGUCAGGCGGACAACAACAGCACUUGCCUAGUCGGCGAAUUUGUACAUUCUCUAGCAGCACAACUCUGCCAAGCUCCAAGACUACAGGCUUACAGAGAAUACCUCCUCAGUGAACCCCACCUCUUAGCAUGUCUCUCUCUGAAGGAGUGCAUCGCAGACCCCGACCUCGCCUUCAUCAGGGGCAUCAUAGAACCCCUCACGAUACUCAGAAGGAACGGCAGCAUUGAUUCAACAAACGGUAUCAUCCUUGUCGAUGGUCUUUGCGAAGCGGAAUACCAUAGACCGGAUCACGGCUACACCAUCGCGACAUUCCUAGCGCGACACGUCGCUGAAAUGCCAACCUGGCUUAAGAUUGUCGCCACUGUAAGGACCCAGUUCAUCGAACUCACUAAACAGCUGCCAUACACCAGGCUAAGUCUAGACGAGUCAGAUAACGUCCAGAAAGAUCUACUAAAGUACUUUAACGCGAGAUUACAGGCAGCUCCGAUCAUAGAAACCAACAUCAAAUGCUCUACGGGAAAAUCAGAAAGCGCUCACAAUUCAGUCAUGAAAUUCGCUCAAUACGUGCUCCAUUUAAGUCAAGGCUCGUUCCUAUUCCUUAAACUUAUCCUCGACCUCCUCGAAAGGAGUCACAUCGUCGUCAAAUCCACCAACUAUAAGGUGGUCCCGAUAUCACUUGCCCAAAUAUUCCUUCUGCAAUUCAAUCUCCGCUUUCCCACAGUACAGUCUUUUGAGAAAGUCACACACAUCCUAAGUGUCUGCUUAGCAGCGCUAUAUCCUCUUACUUUGGUCGAAAUAUACUAUUCAGUUAACUCCUUGCUAGUAGACACUUUUCUUCCAUGGGAUGAGUUCUGCCAUAGAUUCGACACCUUAACAGAUUUCCUCGUCAAGAGAAUUGACAACACUUACAUGUUCUUCCAUCCAUCGUUCAGGGAAUGGUUGAUACGUCGAGAAGAUAACGAGAGCUCAAAGUUCCUGUGCGAUUUGAGAGCAGGUCACUGCAGUAUCGCGUACAGACUGUCAAGGGUCCAGGCUCCCUUGGACCCAGAAAAGAGCAUGGAGUUGGGUCACCAUAUUCUCAAAGCUCAUAUGUACAGGAAUCUGGGCCCAGCUCAAUUGGGCUUAUGUCCGAGAGACUUGCAAGCUAUGUUAGUGGCAACCAGUUCGGCGAACGUUGGUGAAGCGAUUGCCAAUUUGAGGAAUAUUUACACGCCGAAUGUGAAAGUGUCGAGGCUGAUGCUUCUGGCUGGAGGGUCACCGAACCAAGUGACGGAAUGUUUGGGCAACGCGCCGUUGCUCUGUAUGUACUCCUACCAAGGCAUCCUGGCGAUGGUUGGUUUGCUAAUAGAAUUUGGUGCUGACCUCGAGAUGACCAACUCUCAGGGCUGCUCGGCGCUGGCUCUCGCCUGUCAGCGAGGACAUACUGAUGUCGCGAAAAGACUUAUUGCCGCCGGUGCAUCCCUGAGUCACACAGACACGGCUGAGCAGACGCCACUUGUACAUGCGGCUAAGAAUGGUCACCGCGAUACUGUCAUCUACCUGCUGGGCUGCCAGGCGGAAGCUGCGCCCGCAGCCAGCCCCGCAGCCAGCCCCGCCAGCGCCCGCCUCGAGCACCUCGUGCCCGGCGCUCGGCACGCGCUCGUCGCCGCCGCACAGAACGGACAUCUUGACAUCGUCGAGUACCUUCUUGAUACUGCUGAACUUAUCCCGGACGGCAUCUGCCCGGUGACGGGGGAGACGGCGCUGACGGCGGCGUGCGGGGCGGGGACGGCGCGCGUGGCGGACGCGCUGUUAGUACGCGGCGCGACGCCGUACGCGCUGAACGCGCGGCAGCUGUCGCCGCUGGCGCUGGCCGCGCGCCACGCCCGCGCCGCGCUGCUGCUGCGCCUGCUGGACUGCGGCGCUGACGUCAUGGGCUCCGACGGCAAGAACCCGCUCAUACUCGCCGCCGCUGAGGGACAUGAUGAUAUUGUUGAAACAUUACUUGCACAUGGAGCCGACCCGGACGCGGUAGACGCGGAUGGUAUUUCAGCGCUGGGCUGGGCGUGCUUGCGCGCACGCAUCCCCACAGUCGUGCUUUUACUAGAUAAAGGCGCAUCUAUAGAGCUGGCAGACAGCAGCGGGCGCACGGCGCUGGCGCUGGCGUGCGGCGCGCCGGCCGAGCUGGCGGAGCUGCUGCUGGCGCGCGGCGCCUCGCUGGAGCGCGUCGACCGCAACGGCCUGCGCCCGCUGGACCGCGCCAUCGGACAGCGCAACCUACCCGUGGUGAGCUGUUUUCUAAGGAAAGGUGCGAAGCUUGGCCCCACUACAUGGGUCAUGGCGUCCGGGAAACCUGAAUUUAUGCUACUCCUUCUCAACAAGUUGUUGGAGGACGGCAACAUGCUGUACCGCAAGUGCCGGCCCUCGGAAGCCGCGCACCGCUACCAGUACGCGCUGAAGAAGAUCAGCCCGCUGCUGGGGGAGGACGCCGCGCCGCCGCCGGACCACGCCGCCGCCUUCCUCCAACUCAACACCAAUCUCCUGCUUAACCUGUCCCGGUGUAAACGGAAGUUAAACGAACCAUCAGAAGCACUGGAUUUAGCGGCGCGUGCAUCGAUCCUUAGACCUAAUGCAUUCGAAUGCGCGUACGCAAUGGCCCGAGCUAUAUUAGCCCUAAACAAGCCCUCAGAGGCCCUCCCCCACGCCCGGCGGGCCCUCCUCCUCGCCCCGCCCACUGACAUGUCCGCUGUGAGAACACUAAAAGCCCUACAACAAGAAAUACUAACAAGGAUUAACACAGGAUCUAUUAGUUUAAACGGAGAUACUCGUUCUAUGAGGAAUUACGACAGCAUCAGCCUUAAUAUGCCUUAAUUUUUAUUGUACAAUUUGACAGUUUCAUGUACGUGUACAAUUUAAUACUCUCAUGUAAGUGUACAAUUUGACACUCUCAUGUAAGUGUACAAUUUGACACUCUCAUGUAAGUGUACAAUUUGAAACUCUCAUGUAAGUGUACAAUUUCGCCGACCCUACGGGAGUAGGAUAAG